UCUGUCUGCAGUCUCUGAAGCGACGGAGCUCUGUCGUCUUUUACCGAGAUUUCACGGUCCAGGAAUACAAAAGUGAUGCUUCACCGCCGCCGCACACCCAGCGAGGCAGAGGAGGACGAGCGGUGACAAGUUUUCACCUUGUUUCACUCUUUUCACCAGGAGUAUUGGCCUUUUUUCUCCUUUUCUCUCUGCGUGUCAAGACGUCGUGUUUUGCGGUCCUAAGAAUGCCGGACGGCUUUUAGUGCAAAUUCGUAUGACUUUUCUCUCUGAGUGCGGGACAAGAAACACUUUGGAGUGAUUUUUUUGCUACUUUCUGUUUCUCUAAGGAUUGCGAGUUGCCCUCCCUCGGCUCAGGAAUGCAUCAUUUUCGCCGCAGCUCCAUGUAACGUUAAUUUUUGUCGUCCAGCUCUCUGCCCAGCGGUAUCCGCUGCUACUGGAUAUACGAGGACUUUUGUGCACUAAUUUGGUGUAAAUGGAUCGCCAUUCCAGUUUCAUUUCCAUUUGGCUGCAACUGGAACUCUGUGCCAUGGCUGUUCUUCUUACUAAAGGAGAAAUAAGGUGUUACUGUGACGCGCCGCACUGCGUGGCCACCGGGUACAUGUGCAAGUCGGAACUGAACGCCUGCUUCACCAAGGUCCUGGACCCUCUCAGCACAAACUCCCCGCUCACCCACGGGUGCUUAGACCCCGUCGCCAACGCCGCCGACGUCUGCAGCGGCUCCAAGAGCGCGGACGCCCUCACUGGCGCCUCGGCCACGAUGCUGGAGUGCUGCCAUGACGACAUGUGCAACUACAGAGGCCUGCACGACCUGGCGCACACCAGGGAGUCGACAGAUCAUGGCCGGUACCAGCCGGAGAACAACAACAGGAACCUGGUGACCCGGGUGCAGGAGCUGGCCUCGGCCAAGGAGGUGUGGUUCCGGGCGGCGGUGAUUGCGGUGCCCAUUGCCGGCGGCCUCAUCCUGGUAUUGCUCAUCAUGCUGGCGCUGCGAAUGCUGCGCAGCGAGAACAAGCGAUUGCAGGACCAGCGGCAACAGAUGCUGUCGCGGCUCCACUACAGCUUCCACGGCCACCACACCAAGAAGGGCCACGUGGCCAAGCUGGACCUGGAGUGCAUGGUGCCCGUCACGGGCCACGAGAACUGCUGCCUGACCUGCGACAAGAUGAGGCAGGCUGACCUGGGGAACGACAAGAUCCUGUCUCUGGUGCACUGGGGGAUGUACAGCGGCCACGGGAAGCUGGAGUUUGUAUGACUUCCUGCUGGGAACUAUGUGACUGUUGCCUCCCCUCCCCUCCUGUUCUGCCCUAAAAACAGCCAAGACUGCCUCUCGCUCGUUGGGUUUUGCUUUUUUUUUUUUUACUUUAAAAGACAUUCCCAUCUUUUUUCAUCCAUUGGACUGUUGGGUGUGUGUUUUUUUGUUUUUCAGUGGCGAUAAAAGAAAGAUGAGACUGAUCUCAUGCCGUGUGGUUUUUGCUAGAGGAGCACUUUACUUGAAAAUGAAAGGCAAACCAACGUGGAGCUGUAUUUAAACUUGAGAGGGCAGGACUAAGAUGGAGAGAGAGAGCUCUGUCGUUGCUCCUGAGGAUCCUGGACUUUACACUGAACGCUGAAGGAUUCCAAAUCUGUCUUAUUUGCACAUUUGUAAAGUAAAAAAAAAAAAAAAAAAACAGCAACAAAAAAGUUGUCUUUGCUUAAAAGAAGAAUUUUACACUGACACCAGGGUACAAAAAGGACUUGUUUGA